UUCCCAACCGUGCGACCACAUCGUUCGAAUACAAAUGUCUAACAAAUGUUUAUAUUUAUGUGUUGUAUAUUUAUUAAAAUAUACAAUAAUUGUGUAAAUGUAUGUGUAAAUACACAAGUGCUUAGACAUAAAACACUGGUUUUAAAAUCUUUAAAAUAAUAUGUAACAUAAAUUUAAACGAAUAAGUACACAUAUACAUAUACACUCAUGUAUAUUGAGAUGGCCUCUAGUUCUUCAAAGAAAAGCAAGUCCUCCGGUAUGCGUAUUCUGUGGAUACCAGGGCGUAAGCCCCACUCCAAGGGUCGCUAUAACGCUGCCAACAAGCACAUCCCGUAUUUGGGGCAGCAAAAAAAGAGCGAGGUGUGGUCUCUGGGAGGCAGCAGAGCCCAGUCCGAACUCAUUGAUUUGCCAACCUCUAAUGACUCCAACAUCAUACCAAGUUCGUCUUUAAGUAUCAUGGCAUCUUGCUCAUUGGUACAAAGCACUAACGGCUCCUGCGAAGACAUAGCUGUUAUAUCUGAGAGUGCCACUUUACCGAUCACAGCUUCGAGUUCUGACUCACAAAGCAUGAGUAUUCCUUUCUCGGAUAUCGCGCCAUCCCCUUCAUCGUCUAGAGCCAUGGGAUCUUCGAAUGUGAUUACAACAGUUGAAAUCCAGCAUUUGCAAAACUUCCUUUGUCCUAAUAACAUGCCAAAGGUUCCAGCUACACUCCAAGCACCUGCCGAAAAUGAAACAGGUUUCAACAGCUCUACAGGAACUACAGCCUCGGUAGCCACAAACUCAUCGCCAAUAGCUAAUCAUAAACCGGAAGUUCCACUCACAUCUCCUUCUCUACAUAUUUCUCCACAGAAGAAUAAAUAUAAAAAUCACAAUAAUAAUCAGGAGGACAUCAAUUCCAUAGAGAGUCUAUCAAGUUUUCCAAGGUUUCAGUGUAACACCGAUUUUGAUUGGAUUGAUGAAAUGGUGCAGCAACGCAACUGUAAUGAGCUGUCGCACAAGAACAAGCGCAAAAAAUCGAAGAAGGCUCUACAGAGCUUGGAAACAGACCAGUUGGAUGGAAAGAUCUACAACUACGAUGACUCUAAGGAAAAGCUUAAAGACAAAAAAGAUGACAAUGGCGACGAGAAAGUCGUUAAAUGUUUAUACUACUCGCUUAUGUGCUGCGACUGCACUAUAUCGUAAGAACUUCAUUACGAAAUGUGUUCCCAUGUAAAAUAUCCCUCGAUUAAAUAUGUAAUAUGUAUAUCUAAAUUUUGUAAACCUUAGCAUAAUUACUGCACAAGGGAAAGUAUUUCGACAGAAGACAAAAGUAAAGUAUUAACGAAUUUAUAAUUUACAAACAAAUAAUUAUUAACAUUUGAAUAUAAAUAAAAGCAACUCGAAUUUGCAGUUGUUUUUGAUUAA